UUUUUCUUCUCUACUCAUAUAAAAACACGGAGAAAGAGCAGGGUAACUCAUUCACAUCGUGCAUUUAUUGUCUUUGGUUCUGGUUCCGCUCCGGACCUGCUGCUAUCUGCAGUGUCGUCUGUGGUGCAGUUCUCCCCCUGGCCUGUGGCGGCGCUGCUUCUAAAACGUCUCCCUCCCUCUAUCUGUCUACAUCCGGCGCUGCUCUCCACGCUGUAGCCGACGGCAUGGCGGACAAGAGCUCCGAGGAGACCCAGCAGGAGGAGAACAGCGAGGCAGAGGAGGCUGCAGGAGGAGAGGAGCUCAGCCGGGAGGAGGUGCUGCGGCUCGGAGGAACCCAGGCAGAUUACAUCCUCCUGGCUGGCAUCGAUGACUCCACAGAGCUCAUCGAUGGAGGGUUAAAGGGAGCCAUCGAUGACCUGGAGGAGGGAGAGCUGGAGAGAUUCAUCUCUAAACUGGGCAUCCAGGCACACGCCCAGUCCCAGAGCAUUCCAGACAAGUCAGAGGGUGGCGCCGCAGCAGACAAGAAGAAGAGUAAAAAGGUUGUGGAAACGUCGGCAGCAAAUCAAGCGUCCAGCGCUCAGAUUAAAAAGCAGAAGGAGGAAAAUGUUCAGGUUCCAGUUGGGAAAAAGUCCAAGCAGAACCUGAACACUUUUGAGUUCCAGCCGCGGCAGGUUCUGCUCAUUAAACCUGGCGGGAAGUGGUUUGAAUUGGAAUAUGCCUCAGAAGGCUCGGAGACACAACAGGAUCAUGCACUGGUGUCCCGCUACAAGGCGCUGGCUCAACAGCUGUUUGAGUCCGAGGUGGACCGCUACAGAACCAAGAAGAACCUACAGAGAGGAGCCAACUCUGCCUGGAUGAAGACGGUAGUCUCCUCUGGUGUGCUGGCCGACAGAAUGGCUGCCAUGACGCUUCUGAUCCAGGACGCUCCGGUCCACACGCUGGAGCACGUGGAGACCCUGGUAUCCAUGGUGAAGAAGAAGGGCAGCCGGCGGAUGGGUUUGAUGGCGCUGGACACGCUACGGGAGCUGCUGCUGUCCAACCUCCUGCCAGAGAACCGGAAGCUCCGCCCCUUUGCCCAGCACCCUUUUGACCAGCUGGAGGAGAGGGCGAGCGGCAACCGCGACGCCCGUGACCGGCGCCUCAUCCUGUGGUACUUUGAGCACCAGCUGAAGCACCGCGUGGCCGAGUUUGUGGCGGCGUUGGACGUCGUCGCUCACGACACGGUGGCCGCCACCAAGACAAAGGCGCUGGCCGCUGCCCACGAGCUACUGUGCAGCCGCCCUGAACAGGAGAGGGCGCUGCUGAUUCAGGUGGUCAACAAGCUGGGAGACCCAGAGUACAAGACGGCGGCCAAGGCGUCGCACCUGCUGGAGACGCUGCUGCACCGGCACCCCAACAUGAAGACCGUGGUGUGCUGCGAGGUGGAGCGCCUCAUGUUCCGGCCCAACAUCGGAGCGAAGGCCCAGUACUACGCCAUCUGCUUCCUGAGCCAGGUGAUGCUGAGCCACGAAGAGGCGCCGCUCGCCGCUAAGCUCAUCGCCGUCUACUUCUCCUUCUUCCGCGCCUGUGUCAAGAAAAAGGACGUGGAGUCUAAGAUGCUGAGCGCCCUGCUGGCCGGGGUCAACCGGGCCUAUCCCUACGCCAACGCCGGAGACGAGAAGGUGAAGGAGCAGCUGGACACGUUGUUCCGGGUGGUCCACCUGGCCAAGUUCAACACAGCUGUGCAGGCGCUCAUGCUGCUCUUCCAGGUUCUGGACUCGCAGCAGAGCGUGUCGGACCGCUUCUAUGUGGCCCUGUACAGGAAGCUGCUGGAUCCCGGACUGUCGGUCUCAUCCCGGCAGAACAUGUUCCUCAACCUGCUCUACAAGUCCCUGAAGGCCGAUGUGGCGCCGCGGCGGGUCAAAGCAUUCAUCAAGCGGCUGCUGCAGGUCGGCGCUGAGCAGGGCGCCAGUUUCGCCUGCGGAGCGCUCUUCCUGGUGUCCGAGGUGAUGAAGGCCAAGCCGGGCCUUCGGAUCCUGCUGCAGCAAGGAGAGGACGAGGAGGAAGAGGAAGAGUUUAAAGACCUUUCAGAGGAGAACCAUGAUGACGAGGAGGAGCGGUUUGUGGAUGCAGACAGACUGGAUGAAGGAGUCUGUGAGGCAGAACCUAAGACCCGGCCCACAGCAUCAUGGGUCCACCACCAGAAUCUGGAAGGAGCCAGGAGCUCGCAGACCUACGACCCGCUGCACAGAAACCCUCUGUUCUGUGGUGCCGAUCGCUCCACACUAUGGGAGCUGCACCGGCUGGCUCAGCACUUCCACCCGUCUGUGUCCCUGUUUGCUAGAACCAUCUUGCAGGGAGAAUCCAUCCAGUACUCCGGAGACCCGCUGCAAGACUUCACCCUCAUCCGGUUCCUGGAUCGCUUCGUCUUCAGGAAUCCCAAACAGCUCAAAGGAAAACGUAGGAAUCCAAGAUUUUCUCAACUUCCGAUUGAAACUUGUUGUUCUGUUAUAUCCCAGCCCGAUGUCCGUACUGAUCCGUUUCCUUGUUUCUGUUGGUCAGAAAACACGGAUUCUGUAGCUCUGAGGCCCAAACAGAGGUUCCCUGUCAGCUCCUUACCUGUGAACUGUGCUGAGUUCCUGUCCAAAGAAGAGAGCCAGAUUCCCGUGGAUGAAGUCUUCUUCUAUCGCUUCUUUAAGAAACGGCAGCAGGAGAAACAGAGUCGGCGACCGCGGGCGGACGGAGACAAUGAGAGCGUGGAAGACGUGGACGACGAGGAGUUUGAGGAAGUUCUCGAUUCCUUUGAGGGAGACUCAUACUUCACUGACGUACCUGAGGAUGACCUAGACUUUGCAGGGAAUGUCAAGAGUAAAACGGGGAAGAAGGCCCAAGAGGACCUGGAGGAUUCAGAUAUUGAUGACCUGGAUGAUGAGGAGGUGUCUCUAGGCAGCAUGGACGAGGAAGACUUUGGAGAUGAACUGGAAGAGGAAGGAGGGACCUUCAUGGAUCCUGACAGGGAUGAUGAUGUUCCAGAGCUGGAGGAUGGCAAUGAUGAGGAUGUUCCUGAUGAUUCUGACGAGGAGACGGUGGUUCCAGACAUCACUCCUCGGACCAAGAACAGAAAGAGGAAAUCCUCAGAGGAGCCGGAUUUGUCUGGAUCUUUAGAGCGUAAAAAGGAAAAGACAAAGAAGAAGAAAGAUAAAACCAUGUUUGCUUCUGCUGAGGAGUUUGGCUCCCUGCUGGAUGAAAACACAGACUCCAGGUUCGACAACAUCGGACUGAACGCCAUGUCAAACACGGAUAAAGCAGGCCUCAAGCAGCUGAAGUGGGAAGCUCAGAGAGACGACUGGAUCCACGGACGUGACUCCAAGACACUGCGCAGGAAGAAGAUCACAUUCAACAAGAGAAAGAUGUUCGGCCGAGCCCAAACAGGAGGCGGGACGUUCAAGAAAAAGAAGUAGCUGCUCAUGGACACUCAGUCCCGUUUGGCUGACCAGGCUUCAUGGUCCUGCUCUCGGAUACCGUAGACUCCUGCCCACUCGUUGGACUGGUAAUAAACUGAGAGGAAGGGAAGAAAGACUCUGUAAAGAUUAGAUUCAUAUAUAAAGUUCACAUUAAUCAGAUUUUCAAUAAAGUUUCAAACGUUUUCCUAAA